GCAGAUGUAUAGUUAAAAUCAUUAAAAGUUGAAGAUUCAAGUUGUGAAGUGUAAUUAAAUUAGGUGGGUGUGUACAGUUAAGGCUUUGGUAGGUCUACUCAUCUUCAUCAACAACAAUCAAUUUCUCUCUCUUCUUUUUUCUUUAAAAAUAUUGCCUUUCAAGUCACAUUUCCCUCCUUUCUUUCUGUUUUCUCUGGUACAUAUUUCAUACAACCCCACAACUCAAAAAAAAGAAGAUGAACACAUAUUAAUUAUAUUACAGAGUUUUUAAUUUUGGAAGAUAUAUAUGACUCCAAUGCAAUAAUAAUAACAGGUUUUUCACAAUCAUAAUCUCUGUCCUUCAACCCAUUGAAGUUUCUGUCUUCCAGAGUUUAUUUCAAGUUUCAGUUUUUACACCCAUCAAAUUUAUUUUAGUGAGAGAAAGUUGAGAGAGAAAAUUACAAAAAACAGAGGAAAAAAAAGGGUUACUCUGUUUUUUUUUUUCUUCAAACAUUAAGUUUGCUUUUCUGGGUUGUUUUUUUUAGUGUUAGUACACUAAAAAAGAUGAGAUUUUUAUAUUGAAAUCCCAAAAAAAAAAAGAUGGGUUUUUUUAUUGAGAAAAAGAAGGGUGUAAUUUAUUUUUCUCAGAUUUUUUUACUAUUAUUUGUGCUGUUAUUUGGAAGAUUUAAAGUUGUUUUGGGGUUAAACUACACAAAAUAUAGACAAGUUAGUAAUUUGAGAUUUCAGAGGAUUCAGAAGCAUAUUGACAACAUUAAUAAGCCUUCUGUGUUUAGCAUUCAGAGCCCAGAUGGAGACAUUAUAGAUUGUGUUCAUAGAAAGAAACAACCAGCUUUUGAUCAUCCUCUUUUGAAGAAUCACAAGAUUCAGAAAGUGGCACCAAUUAGGCCAAAAAAGAAAAUGGUGAAAAUAGAUGAAUUAAAGGAAGGGAAUAGCAAGAAGAAAAGAGAAGGAAUAAAAGAAUUAGAAUGGCAAAUGUGGCAUUUAAAUGGAACAAGGUGCCCUAAGGGUACUAUUCCAGUGCGGCGGAGUACAGUGCAUGAUGUGCUGAGGGCUAAAUCUUUGUAUGAUUUUGGGAAGAAACGGCCUAGAUCACUCAUGAAUCUAGCUAGGAAAACUGAUGCUCCUGAUGUUGUUAAUGGUAAUGGCCAUGAGCAUGCAAUAGCAUAUACGGGGACAUCAGGAGAGAUAUAUGGAGCAAAGGCAACAAUCAACGUUUGGGAUCCAUCCAUUGAAGAAAUGAACGAAUUUAGCCUUUCUCAAAUUUGGGUUCUUUCUGGCAACUUUGACGGCUCUGAUCUUAACAGUAUCGAAGCUGGUUGGCAGGUCAGUCCGGAGCUUUAUGGUGAUAGCAGGCCAAGAUUAUUCACUUACUGGACGAGUGACUCGUAUCAAGCAACUGGAUGUUACAAUCUUCUGUGCUCGGGAUUUGUGCAAAUGAAUAGCAGGAUUGCUAUUGGAGCAGCAAUUUCUCCAAUUUCUUCAUUUUCAACCAACCAAUUUGACGUCACCAUCCUAAUUUGGAAGGAUCCAAAACUUGGGAAUUGGUGGAUGAGCUUUGGGGAUGACACUCUAGUAGGUUAUUGGCCAGCAGAGCUAUUCACACACCUAACUGAUCAUGCAACCAUGGUUGAGUGGGGUGGUGAGGUGGUUAACACGCGGGCCAAUGGGCUUCACACCGCAACCCAAAUGGGCUCGGGCCGUUUUGCUGAAGAUGGGUUUGGGCAAGCCAGUUACUUCCGAAAUCUGGAGAUUGUGGACUCAGACAACAACCUUAGUUCGGCCCAAGAUAUCCAAACAUUAGCUGAGAACACCAACUGUUAUGAUAUCAAGAGUUCUUAUGAUAAUGAUUGGGGCCAACAUUUCUAUUACGGUGGGCCUGGGAGAAACUCAAAGUGUCCAUGAUUCUUUGGCCCAUAUCCACCUAGGAUAUUAAUAUAAACCUUUUAACUUUUGUUUUUUUCUACUACUAAUUUUUUUAUUUUGGUUGUCUUAAAUUUAAGUAUAUAUCAAUGUCGAUUAUGGUA